AUGCUGGGCGCGUCGUCACUAGACCCGUCGUCAUCAGCGUCCCCGUGGCAUACCGCUUCUGCUCCAGGCGUCGCUCAUUCAUCUUCUAACUCACGCCCAUCUAAACCAUCACUUUCUCCAAAGACGGAAACGGAUCUGCCGACUUCAUUCGCUCAUGCCUCUGUCAAAGAAGAUUACUCUCAUAUAGAACCUGUGGCAUCAACAAGCAGCGGGAAGAGUGGGGCAUCUGAGGAAAGUCCUUCAUGUGAAGCGGAUGAUAGUCGGCGACAAAGUAUGACCUCCUCAUCGAUUCCGUCAGUUCAUUGUCGUCGACUUACCUUUCGUUUGCCCCCGAAGUUCGCUCAAAGGCUGAAACGCAUCGCUAAUAAACAACCGAAUACAUUGGGACGCAUUGGCGUAUCUAAGGUGAAGGUUGGUGACGGAGAAACAGUCUCUGUGAAUGACGUCCCUCCACCUCAACCGGUGAAGGUGGAAGAAAAGCGACCUGAACAACCUGUUGAGCGAAGUGAACCUCGUUCGGUCGGUGCUGCUCCUCCUACUCCGAAUUCUGCACCGACUAGUGGACCAGGACCAGUGUGUCAGCCUCCGCCUGGCUAUCACCCUGUCCAACAUCAACAGGAAGUUGGACCGCCGGUUGCACCACAUUCCAUGCCAAGGCCACCUCCACCGAUAAACAACAACAGUCCGCUCUUGGUUAAUCUAUUAAGUUCUCAACAACAACCGGGUAUGGUCGGUGGGCCUCCUACAAACGUGCCGCCUCAUCAUCAAUCGUAUUCUCCAGCAGGCACAUAUAUGUACCCUGGUAAUGGCCCACCUCAUCAACACCCUCACUCAGCAAAUGUUCCACAGUCAGCAGGACCACCCGUGAUGGAUCCGCAGCAACAUAUGGCAAUGCAACAACAGAUGCAAAUGGAACAUCGUCAAAGAAUGAUGAUGCAGCAACAACAAGCUCAUGCUGCGGCUGUAGCAGCUGCUCAAGCUCAACAACAGCAGCAACAACAUCCGGUACCGGGACAACCUCAGCAAGCUCCUCUUACCCCUGGCGGUUUCUACAGCCCUGCAAUGCCUGUACAACAAGCACAAGUGCAGCAGCAAAGGGCACCAAUGGGAUAUGCUGGUCAACCGCAGAAUCCGGGAAUGUACCCUGGCCAACCGCAACAGCCUCAACAAGUUCCUGUCAAUGUUCAACAACAGCGAAUGCAGAGUUAUCCCGCCCAUAUGAAACCUGGCAGCAUGGCAGCUGCGAAUCCUGUGGCGCCUGGGCAGUUUCGUGGUUCGCCCGUUGAGGAAGUGGUCCAAGCCCCUCCGCCCAAAAAGAAGAGGAAGCCAACAAAGAAGCAGCAGCAAAAGGAAGCAGAAAUGGCUGCUGCUGCAGCCGCAGCGCAGCAGCAACAACAACAACAGCAGCAACAAAAUGCGGUGGUUCAAGCUCAACAACAACAGCAACAGUACUACAGUGAGCAGCGUAUGAUGCAUCCUGCUGCUAUGGCGCCGAGUGGGAUGCAGAUGAUGGGUCAUGCCGGAUAUCCACCUGGCCCCAACUAUCCGACAAAUCAGGCUGGAAUGCCUAAUGUGCCAGCUCAGUUCCCUGUAUACCCACAAGGGUCUAGUCAACAACAGAUUCAGCAGCAGCAACAACAACAACAACAACAGCAACAGCAGCAUAUGUGGCAUCAGCAGAUGCAACAGCGUAUGUUGUAUCAACAGCAGCAUGCCCAACCACCUCCAGGACCUAUGAGUGGAUCUAAUCCUGCUCACGGUGGCCAGCCAUGGCCUGCUCAACGGGGACCGCCGGUUCCAUACCCUACUCCGAUAGAUGGCAUGCACGGCGGACCAGCGUCUGUUCAUCCCACUGUAUCACAACGAACGUCUGGUUCGGGAGAAUAUUCUCGCGAUGGCACUUCACCUGCUACUCCUCAUCAAUUCAAUCCCGGUAGUCAUCAAGGGAUGGUUAUGCGCCAUAGUGGCACUCCUAUGUCAAGAGCAGAUUCGCAAGGCAGCGUGUUUGGGAACGCACCAUUUGGAGUGCAACAGCCGCAGCCAGGUGCACCAUCAGGUGCCGAUGAAAUGGAGCACCCCGUCGACAAACUGUUCACUGCACAGGAUGAUCACUUGGGCGAUCUGGGUGAUUUGGAUGACAUAGAGCCUAUGGUUGAUCUCGGCGCUGGGCUGCUAGAUGAAAUCACAGGCAGCAGCCAAGGUAGUGACACGCUCAGCACUUUCGGUGCUCACAUCGGUGGACCUCAUUCUACAGAAUCUUCGAACUGCGCAGCGCAAUCUUCGAACGGAGAUCGCAUAGACUCAUCGAUCGCAUCAGUAGUAGAAAUGGUGUCGAAGAGCGGUACAGCGCCAGGUAUGUGUGGUGCUCCCGCAGUCUCUCAGACCGCUACCCAUGGUAGCUCAGUAGGCGCCUGCGCAGCCAAUAUGAAACGACGGCCGAGUAGCGCUCAAAUGGCAGCUAAUAUCGUUGCCGUUGCAGGGCAGCAGCAACAACUGAUGGCUGAUCCUCGUUAUGCGAUGGGAGCCCCUCAUCAUAUGAUGAAUACAGGUCAAAUACCAGUUCCUGUUCAAAUGAUGCCUCCAAUGGCUUCAUCUCCAUCUGCUGGCAAUUUGUCACUUGAACACAAUGCCCGAGCACAAGUCUUUCAUGGACGCGCUGGAAUGACGAAAACUGGUGAAAAUGGCCCCGGUAGGCUUGCCAACGGACACGAUCAGACAGGAUUACCUAAUGGAGCUCGUCGGUCACAACCCUCAUCGCAACCCCCAGAUUCUGCUGAUGAUGAACGAAUAGCUGAACUUGUUAAGAAGGUUGUGGCUCAGGGUGAAAGUCAAAAGGCGGCUGCUGAGCAAAAGGCAAAAGUACCUCGAAAAAAUCGGCGUAAAACUGAUCUAAGCAAGGAGACAAGCCCACGCGACGACGAGGAGCCUUUCAUCGUUGAUAAUGCUCGGAGACGUGCGGCCGGUGUGGCGACGAGUCAUGUACAAGCUGCUGCGUCUAAUUUCCAGGCAACUAUGGCUCGUCAACAGCAGAUAAUGAAACAGCAACAGGUUCAGCUUCCCCUGACCUGUGGUGUCCCUUAUCCGGAUGAAACGUGCUCGUUCGCUCGUCAAAAAGGGUCAACUCACGUUGCGUGGUUGGGUGUUGAUGGCUUUGAUAACCGAAACAAUGAAGUAAUGAUUGCUUCGAAUGCUGCUUCAUUAUCUGCCGUCCCCAUGGCUGGACCUCGGCAUCCGUUUCUCCUACCGUCGGCUCCUGUCCGUCUCCUUUCAAUCCUCAUCACGGCCGGUCCGUUGCUGCUCAAUCGUCAUGUGCUCCGAACUCGCUCCGUCUUUGGGUGCAAAUGUGUUGAAUGUGUCCUGUAUGUUGUUGAUAAGGUGCUAUUUGUUUUAUUCAUUGCGGCUCUCGCGAUAUAA